AUGUCGAUAGCAAGAGGUGUUGGUAAAUAUUUAAAAAUAUUCAUUCAACCUGCUACUUCUCAUUACUGCACAAAUGCUGAUCAUUCAGAUGCAAAUACUCAAGAUAUGUCGAACAAUCAGAGGAGAAACAGAAUCGUAUGGAUUGACAUGGAGAUGACAGGCUUGGCAGUAGAGAGUGAUCGCAUUCUUGAAGUUGCUUGUUUAAUCACAGAUGAAAAUUUAAAUAUUGUUAGUGAUGAAUUUCACCAAGUACUACAUCAAUCAGAUGAUGAGUUGGCAAGAAUGAAUGAAUGGUGUCAAGAACAUCAUACCAAGUCUGGUCUUGUGGAGGCUUCAAAAAAAAGCCAAGAAGAUGAAAGAUCAGUGGACAAAAGUCUGUAUAAUUUCUUGAACAAGUACAUACCAAAAGGAAGAUGCCCAAUGGCAGGGAAUUCUGUAUAUAUGGAUCGUUUAUUUCUACGUAAAUACAUGCCUACAUCUAAUGAAUACAUGCACUAUAGGAUAAUUGAUGUUUCUUCAAUCAAAGAAGUUGUCAGACGCUGGAAACCAGAAGUUCAUGAUGCAGCUCCCAAGAAGGAACGUAAUCACAGAUCACUCGAUGAUAUCAGAGAGAGUAUAUCAGAACUUGAUUUUUAUAGGAAAAACGUUUUUAAUGCUAACUCUAAUGAUUGA